UCCUGUAUGCUAGCACUAGCGCUAAUCUACCAUAAGACUGAAGUGAAUAAUGAAGCAAGUGAUAUAGAAACAUAUAUAUAUAUAUAAAAGAGUUGUUGACACUGUAAAAGAGACAGCGACAGUGUAGUAAAGGUGUGAAUAAUUUAGUUUAUUUUGUUUUUGAAGCUGUCCCGCGGUAACGUUAUGGCAGGGAGAAAACGAAAGCUGCUAGCAUCGGCAGUAACAUCGGCACCUGGAAAAGCAGUAAAUAAACAUGAAAAUGGGGCUGCUAUAAAACCGGAGGCUUCAAGUGCCAAACUGAAGAAGUCCAGUCAGUGUGAAGGUGCUCAAAGUGCUGAGACGGAGCGAAGCCAUUAUUUCAUCAAGAAUGAGCUGCAGCACAGACAGAGAAAGGAUUUUUUCCACCUGUCUUGUAUCCGUUUGGCUAAAGCACUUCUCGGCAAGGUGUUGGUCCGCAGGUGCGCAGAUGGUACUGAGCUGCGAGGGAGAAUAGUGGAAACUGAAGCCUACCCUGGGGGGGAGGACAAAGCCUCACAUUCAGCAGGAGGCAAACGCACUGAGAGAAACACAGCCAUGUUCAUGGAGCCUGGUACCAUCUAUGUGUAUCCGAUCUAUGGCAUCUACCUCUGUAUGAAUGUGUCUAGUGAAGGGGAGGGUGCUGCCGUGCUGCUGCGCUCCCUUGAGCCCCUGCAGGGUCAGCCCAUCAUGAGACAGCUUAGGGCAGCCAGACGCAAAGAGGGAGCUCGUCCACUGAAGGACAAAGAGCUCUGCAACGGGCCUUCAAAACUGUGCCAGGCUCUAGAUAUACCCCGCUGUUUUGACCGUCGAGACCUGGCCGCAGACCCUGAGGUGUGGCUGGAGAGGGACCCCAACACAAAUCCAGCAGAACCCCAUGAUAUAGUAUCAGCCCCACGCAUCGGAAUUGAGUCCCAUGGGGAAUGGGCCACGAAGCCGUGGCGGUUUUAUCUUCGUGGGCACUCCUGUGUUAGCGUAGUGAAUAAAGAAGCAGAAAGACAGUCUCUGUGUGGAAAUGAAAUGAGGAAUUUAGCUCCCUCAGAUGUGCAGUCUGACACAGGACAGCACAAUGUCAAAAGGACUUAACAGGAAUAUUCCUGAAACUGCUCUGCCAUCUGUUCUUGUGGUCUUCACCAUUUAGGCAGUAUAAAACUUAACACUUUCCUGUUUGCUUUGCUGGAAUACACCACUUCUCAUACACAUGAAAUCAAUUCUUUUUGAAAGAAUCCCCCAAUAUUAUAUAUUCUUUUAUAAUUCUGUAGAUCUUAGAAAGCCAAGAUGGUAGAAUAACCUCCAUGACUAGUUCAAAGUUUAAAUCCUAAUCUGAAUAAAUUGUAAUAAAUGUUACUCAUUUUGUAAGAUGCUACUUGUGCUGUAACAGUGCAUUUAAUAUAAUAAUGCAAAGUGUGCUGGAAAGUAAAAGUGAUCAGUGCCAAUUAAAAAAAUCAGUUUUGAAAUACAUUUACUCACAAAAUGAGUCUUUU